CGCGCGGCGAGUCCGUCCUGCCGGGUCCGGGGGCGGGCCCUGGGAGGUCAAAGGGGAAGGGUCGCCAAGGUGGCGGCUCCCGCGCGGCUCGUGCUGCCGCGGUAGAGCGGCGGUUGGCGUUGCCGGCCCGGCGGGGGCGUAUCGGGCUCUGCUGGGACAAUGGCCCCGGCUCCGCUGCUCCUCGCUGGGGGCCGGGGCUGGCAGAGGCUCCUGGGGCCCCAGCGGGAGGUGCUGGUGCAGGGACUUCAGGGGUCUCAGAGGGGGCUGUUGGGGUCCCAGGUAGGUCAGAGGGGGCUGCAGGUGCUGGGGUCCCAGGGGGGGUUAUUGGGGUCCCAGGUAGGUCAGAGGGGGCUGCAGGUGCUGGGGUCCCAGGGGGGGUUAUUGGGGUCCCAGGUAGGUCAGAGGGGGCUGCAGGUGUUGGGGUCCCAGGUAGGUCAGAGGGGGCUGCAGGUGCAGGGGUCCCAGAGGCAGUUAUUGGGGUCCCAGGUAGGUCAGAGGAGGCUGCAGGUGUUGGGGUCCCAGGUAGGUCAGAGGGGGCUGCAGGUAUUGGGGUCCCAGGUAGGUCAGAGGGGGCUGCAGGUGCUGGGGUCCCAGAGGCGGUUAUUGGGGUCCCAGGUAGGUCAGAGGGGGCUGCAGGUGUUGGGGUCCCAGGUAGGUCAGAGGAGGCUGCAGGUGCUGAGGCCCCACAGGGGGUUAUUGGGGCCCCAGAGGGAGCUGCCGCUGCAAGAUCUGUCCAGAGGCUUUGGCAAGGUAGCCAGGACCAGGAGCAGCAGAGAAGUGAGAGAAACUGAGGACUCUGCCCCAGUUUUUCAGUAUGUGGGGGAGAGGGCCAAGCGGAAGGAGAGGGUGUUUGUCUGGGGUUUCUGUCAUGCUGGGGCCCUGGGGAUUCCCAGCUUCGUUAAGCCUGAUGCAGGCUGGAAAAAGCGCCGGAGGAUCCAGCCCACACCCUACCGCCUGGAAACAGCUGAGAAGAUAUCCUCUGCAGCAUGUGGCUAUGGCUUCACGCUAAUAUCCUCAAAAACCACUGACAUUACCAAAGUUUGGGGCAUGGGGCUGAACAAGGAUUCUCAGCUUGGCUUUCAGAGAAGCAGGAAGGAUCAAACUAAAAGCUAUGAAUGUGUCUUGGAACCGUCUCCCAUUCCAUUACCACUGGACACUCCCCAGGAGACUCGGAUCUUGCAGGUGUCUUGCGGGAGAGCUCAUUCCCUGAUCCUGACAGACAAGGAAGGAGUCUUCAGCAUGGGCAACAAUUCCUAUGGGCAGUGCGGCCGAAAAGUUAUUGAAGGUGAAAUUUACAGUGAGAGCCAUCUAAUUCACCGACUGCGAAAGUUUGAAGGCAGGGUUGUGCAGAUUGUCUGUGGGCAGGAUCACAGUCUGUUCAGGACGGAGAGAGGCGAGGUUUACUCCUGUGGAUGGGGAGCUGAUGGACAAACAGGUCUUGGCCAUUACAAUAUCACCAGUGUGCCCACCAAACUGGGCGGAGAUAUUGCUGGAGUAAAUAUCGUUCAGGUUGCCACCUAUGGGGACAGCUGUCUGGCUGUAUCUGAUGAAGGAGAUCUCUUUGGAUGGGGAAACUCUGAAUACAUGCAGCUGGCUUCCAUCACAGAGACGACACAGGUGAAUGUUCCGAGGCACUUACCAUUCAAGAUUGGGAAGAUAAAGGAUGCUGCAUGUGGAGGAACGGGCAAUGCUGUUGUAAAUGAAGAAGGAAAUGUCUUUGUCUGGGGAUAUGGAAUUCUUGGGAAAGGACCAAACCUGAUGGAAACAGCAACUCCAGAAAUGAUCCCACCCACCCUCUUUGGCUUGUCAGACUUCAGUCCAGACACCCGUGUUUCUCGCAUUCGCUGCGGACUCAGCCAAUUUGCUGCACUUAACAACAGAGGAGAGCUGUUUGUGUGGGGCAAGAAUAUAAGGGGGUGCCUGGGGAUUGGAAGAAUGGAAGACCAGUAUUUCCCAUGGAGGGUGACAGUCCCAGGCGAGGUAGUUGAUGUGGCUUGUGGAGUUGAUCAUAUGGUAACUCUGGUUAAAUCAUUUAUCUAGCAGCUGUGCUGUACCUCAGCUACACAUUGGGAAUGGAUGGUAAAAGAUGAACCCAUGAUCACUCUUUCAGGAAGGAGAACCCUUUGUGCUCAUGUUCAGGGGAUAUAAUACGGCACUGACUGCAUGCACUUGGCGUGUGAAGAACCUCUGCCAUGCUUGGAACUUUAACUGGAGGCUCUGGAUCUGGAGAAACAGUUACUCUUUGGGAGGAACGUAAGGCUCUCUCCCAUAGGGAUGUGCAUAUCAAACAUUUUUAAUUGGCUGCUGAGAAGAUUCCAACUGUCCUGCUGCGAAACCCCACUAAUGUGUAAGGAUUAAGGCAAGAAGGGGAGCUGUUUGAUGACCAUUUUACUGUGUUCCUCCAUAAGGAAAUUGCAGGACAUAAUACUAACUCAUACAGAUGGCAGUAGAACUUUAAACGCCACUGCGAGGGCAUGAUGGUCUUCCCCAACCCUGUUUCUGAAAGGGAAAGUUAUAUUAUGGGCUGAAAUAAAUAUAUGCUAAUACA